GAGAUUUAGCGAAAGUUCGCCCACACAAGGUUGAAAUUCCCACCACCGACAGUCCUUUUCCCUUCGUUCAUCAAUCGCCCAACGUUAAGCAAGCAGAUCUCGCCAAAUCGACGGGUAGUAUACAGCCGGCAAGAUGCCUUUCACCAAGCUUGUUAAGAACAGCGCUUACUACAGCCGCUACCAAACCAAGUUCAAGCGUCGCCGACAGGGUAAAACUGACUACUAUGCCCGUAAGCGAUUGAUCACCCAGGCGAAGAACAAGUACAACUCGCCCAAGUACCGUCUCGUCGUCCGCUUCACCAACCGUGACAUCAUCACCCAGAUCGUCACCUCUGAACUCACCGGCGACAAGGUCAUUGCCUGUGCCUACGCUCACGAGCUUAAGCGCUAUGGCAUCAAGAAUGGUCUUACCAACUGGUCUGCUGCUUACGCCACCGGUCUUCUCCUUGCCCGCCGCACCCUGAAGAAGCUCGGCUUGGAUGAGGACUUUGUCGGUGUUGAGGAACCAGAGGGUGAAUUCACUCUCACCGAGGCUGCCGAGACCGACGAGGGUACCCGCCGCCCCUUCAAGGCCUUCCUCGAUGUUGGUCUUCACCGCACUUCGACCGGUGCCCGUGUCUUCGCCGCCAUGAAGGGUGCUUCCGAUGGUGGUAUCUUGGUUCCUCACUCCGAGAACCGUUUCCCUGGCUUCGACAUCGAAACCGAGGAGCUCGAUGCUGAGACUCUCCGCAAGUACAUCUUCGGUGGACACGUUGCUGAGUACAUGGAGGGUCUUGCCGAUGACGACGAGGAGCGCUACAAGAGUCAGUUCCAGAUGUACAUCGACAACGGACUCGAGGCUGGUGAGCUCGAGGAUAUGUACGCUGAGGCCCACAAGGCUAUCCGUGAGGAUCCAUUCAAGAAGGACGAGGAGGCUGGUCCUAAGAAGAGCAAGGAGGAGUGGAAGGCUGAGAGCUUGAAGUACAAGGCCAAGAAGCUCUCUCGCGCAGAGAAGAAUGCUCGUGCCCAGGAGAAGAUCCGGGAGUUGGCAGAAUAAACGAGCGACCAACAAAAACCCAAAAACAUCUUUGCCGUCCCACCUUUCUAUCUAUUAAUCAAUUCAAUGUCAAAAGAGAAUUUGCAAUGACUUGGCGUGCUGUCCAUCAGUAAGGGGUGCAUUAGGAUUCAAACAAGGCUAUGUAUUUGUUUUAUGCGGAGUUUUCAAACUAUGUGUUUCUGGCCAAAGGGAAAUGAAUAAUGUCUUUCAUGUCUUCCAAGUGAAGGGGACAAAAAUCAAAAAAAGAAAAGAGAGGAAAACAAAGGAAUCUUCGCUUCGAUUAUCUGAUAGCAGGGCCACAUGGCCUCUGUACCUCACCUUGAUGUCCAGGUCAACACAUUGCAAAAUAUUCUUCAAAGUUUGCACGGUACUGUAAUUGUGAAAGGGACAUUUACUCAAAAAAUGUAUCAUGGACCAAUAGAGAUCUCAUCAAACUGUACCAACUGCAGUGCCCG